CCCGAGCUUUCGCUCGGCUUUUCGACAGUAAGGCUCAUUCAACUAAAAGCUCUCUUCUUUCUCAUUGUGAUUUGAAUAUCUUAAGCUGAUUUCUCUGCUUAAUCUUCAAGCUAUGCCUUUUUGAAUUCGAAUCGAAGCAUCAACGAGAUUCAGUGAAAUUAGGGUACCAGUAGUAGAGGUGAGAAAAUGGAUAAGUUGAAGUUAGGUGAAUUGGGCGAGCGGUUGAAAGCGAGCGGAGCUAAAAUGGGUCGGAUGGUAAGUGAGAAAGUGAAGGAGAUUAUGCAAACCCCAACCCCUGAAUCAAUGAUGGUCGAUGAGGCAACAUUGGAGACUUUGGAGGAUCCAAAUUGGGGUAUGAAUCUGAGGAUAUGUACAAUGAUAAAUUCUGAAGAGUUCAGUGGCUCAGAAGUUGUUAGAGCCAUCAAGAAGAAGCUCUCAGGGAAAAGUGUUGUUAGCCAGAGGCUGAGUCUGGAGUUGUUGGAGGAUUGUACUUUGAAUUGCGAGAAGGUUUCGUCGGAGGUGGCAUCAGAGAAGGUGUUGGAUGAGAUGAUGAGGCUAAUCGAUGAUCCGCAAUCGGACAAUGGGAAUAGGGUCAAGGCUAUGCAGUUGAUAAGGGCUUGGGGAGAGUCUGAAGAUCUUGCUUAUCUACCUGUUUUUCGUCAAACUUACAUGAACUUGAAACGAAGAGGAGCACCUCCAUUAGUACAGGAAGGAAAUUCGCCACAGAUGCAGCACGACUUAGAGUCAUACGUUCAACAACCAUUGUCUCCCCCUGAGAGGUACCCAUUGCCUAACACUGGAUCGCAUGAUGCAGAUGGCAGUGCUAUUCCCUUCAAUUUUCGGAGUCCAUCACUUGAGGAGACGAAAGAAUUUAUCGUCAUAACUCGAAAUAGCAUUGAACUGCUGUCGACUAUUUUGAAUAGUGAAACAGAGCCAAAACCCUUGAAGGAAGAACUUACACUGAGCAUGCUGGAAAAGUGCAAGGAGUCUCAGCCUGUGAUUAAGGCAAUCAUAGAAAGAACCACCGACGAUGAAGGAAUGCUAUUUGAAGCUUUGUAUCUUCAUGAUGAACUUCAGCAGAUAAUUUCCAAGUAUGAAGAGUUAGAAGCAUCUCUAAAGCCCGAAGGAGAACAACAGCAUGAGAACUCUGACUCAACCAGGCACGUGGAGUCGGAAGAAACUGCUAAAAAGCUUGGGGAAACAUCACCUCCAAAGUUUGACUCAGAACCAGAGAGAUUAGACGGUGCCAAAGCGCACGGUAGAGGAAAGCAGCCCGAAAAUGUGGCCGAAGUCAGUUCUUCUUCUCAGUUGGGAAGUGAAAAGGAAACCAAAAUACUGGAUACUCAAAAAGGAGGAGGGAGCUCUGAAUGGAGCAGCAGUGAGAAAGAGGGUGCAUGAAGUGGGUAUUAUUAGGUUCUCUCAUAUGGUUGGUGUAUGGUUAUUUCCGCAUUAUGUAUGCUUUGAGCGCCGGACUAGCUCCGCGUGCUCAUAAUCCUUUUCUCCUCUUAUUCUGAUGAUUUUUAAUUUUUAUCGUCUGUAUUAGAUACUAUGUUGUUGUAAUUAUAAUUAGCCAAUAGAGAAACUUUAGAUUUUCUUUUUUUAA